AUGCCCGAGCGAGGCACUCGAUUCCUGCGCACCACGGACGCUAUACAGUGGAGUCGCGUGGGAUGCACAUUGAAUUCUCACUGGGCAGCUCGUGUUGUCGUCGCUCGCUCCCACGCUGCCUCCCAGCCUCAAAACACUGGCUCUCGACUCGCCUCCUGUGUCGCCUCGCUCAACGUCGCUUAUCUCCUGCCCACGGAUUUGUCUGCCAUGACGUAUAUCAAUCCGCGCGACUCCCGCGUAUCCUCGCCCGACCUUACACCCACAGAGCCCUUGAUCUUCACGGGGGGGUGCCAUUGCAAGAAAGUUACGUACACGGUGCGUCUCGCAUGCAAAUCCGAGGCACGGACGACGAUUUGCCAUUGCGAGAGCUGCAAGAAGACGUUUGGGGGCGUGUUUGGGGUGACGGUGAAGAUUCCGCUUACGGGACUGAAGAUGACUGAUGGAAAGACUGUAGUUUAUAAGUCUGACAAUGGGUCGGGUACUUAUUCGUACAGAGAGUUCUGCAAUGAGUGCGGGAGUACGAUAUGUACUUAUGAAGAGCAAGCUAAGGGGCACUUUCGCCUCAUGGCAUUGGGAUCACUUGACGAUCCAGCUGCGUUCGAACCGACCGGCGAGUUUUACUGCUCGCAGCGAGAAGUGUGGUUGCCUGAGGUACCCGGGAAAUCUCAGUUUUGGAAGCGUUGAGAGCAGUUGGGUUAUAGUUAGACUAUGCGCAUAGCGAUCAAAGUAAUGAAUCAUCCGGCUCAUAAGUAGCCUUAUCCAAGCUGCUUGAUGGCGUCCGGUGCGUACUCAUUGGUAUAAAACAUCUUAUGGGGGUGCUGACGAACAGUAGCAGACACUUCAUUGCAGUGUGUGUACGUAGAUAUAGCGGGCAUAC